AUUAACAAGAUGACAACUUCACUGCCUUCUAUACUAACGGCAUCUGUAUUAUUAAUAAUUAGUGUUAAUUGUAUUGAAACUAACAAUUUAGUAGCUCUAGUACAGAUAUUCCGACAUGGCGAAAGAACACCGAUGAAAUUUUACCCUAACGACCCUUACAAAAAUCACUGGGCUGAUCUCAACACCGAACAACUAACCAACAAAGGUCGUAGACAAAUGUACUCGUUAGGCCAACACACCAGAAACAGAUACUCCUCUUGGAUCCCUUUAAAGUACCAAAAUAAAUUCAUCCGCGCUAGUUCAACGGACGUGGACAGAACUCUAGUAUCUGGUCAAACGUUCCUCUACGGGCUGUUCCCGGCCAGCGGGGAUCAGAAAUGGCUUCCCACCAGCGAUUGGCAGGGCAUUCCCCUGCAUCCUGCGGAUCCGAAGGUGCUGUUUGUGUCUCCUGCGAAUUGCCCUACGUACGAAAAGUCCUACGCGAAACUCCUGGCCGGGAAGGAGUUUGUGAAAUUAAACGAAUCGUUGCAGGGAUUGUAUGAGUAUCUAACGAAUAACACAGGUGAAACUAUUGAUGAUCUGCACAGUGCUGAAACAAUUUGUGAUACUCUCGGAAUCGAAGAAGGAGUCGGGCUCAAGCUGCCCGAAUGGACGAAAAAAGUGUACCCCGAGCAGCUUAAAAAAGUUUAUAAAUAUUGGCUGAAAUCUUUAACGUACACCAAGGAACUUAAGAGAUUUUAUGUUGGAUCUUUGUUUAACGAAAUGCUGGAGUUUUUCGAUGAAAUUGCGACAAAUUCCACCGAUACGAAGAUGAGAGUGUACAGCGGACAUGAUGAUAACAUCGCUUCGAUUUUGAACAGUUUCGGAGCGCUCGAUCAGCUGGAUAUUCCAGGUUUCGGAAGCUCUCUGUGGUUGGAAUUGAGAAAAAACGAUGGAAACCACUUUGUAAAUGUUUGGUACAAAAACGGCGAUAAUACCACGCAAAUUCGAAUCGAGGGUUGUGAAUUAGAUUGCCCUUUGAAGAAUAUGAAAUCGCUUCUGCAUGAUAUUGUCAUUGAUGUUGAAAAUUGGACCAAAGAGUGUAAUUAUGAUAAAAGAUAAUUGUAAUUUUUUUUGUAAUUAUUGUA